AAAUAAUUUUAAUAUUAUUUUUUUAUAAUAUAAGCCUGAAUAUUCAUAUGAGAAUAUGAAGAAAGAUAUGCAAACUAUGAGCAUGGGAAAAUGUUUCUUAUUCGAAUCUUAGACUUAUAUUUAUUUAAAUCUAUAUGUAUUCAUAAUUAUUACACAGAAAACAUCAAUCAUUUAUAUCCUAAAAACCACAUGAAACUCCACAAACCUCAUCCUUAUUAUGCCUUCCCCUGAUGCAAUCUCAUUUUCACCAAAAUUUGAUAUAUCAAAAUCAGAAGAAAAUACAAAUUCAUUUUGAAUCGGAUCAACAAUUUUUUACAAGUUCGAAUUUUUUUCCUCCUAUACCUGGCAGGAAAGCGGACAUUUUUUGUACAGAUAGGACGACAUCUUUAGUAGCUUCACAAGGAAACUCCCAUUCCAACCAGGACAGGAAAAUGGCCAGUUCCGGUUCUAACAUGCCCACUGAUGACCUGAUGGAAAUGGCUCGUUCCCAGCUCCUUUCCCUCACCAAUCAUAUCCAAUACCAGCAAAGCCAGAUCUCUCCUCAAACAAAUACGGAUUGCACCCGUUACCCGAACCCUAUCAACAAUUCUCUCCUUAAUCCAGAAAAUUCCUCGAAUAAUAUUGACUCAGCCUUCCCAAAUGAAUCUGAUAGGAUAAGCUUAGAGGCCCUCAAAUGGGCCAAAGGACUGGACAACCUGCUUAGAGACGAAGAAGGCGUCAGGUCUUUUACCAGGUACCUCAGACAAGAGGGAAUAUCGGAUUAUUCACUCAUGUUUGUUUUCGCUUGCAGGGGACUCAAAAAACGUAAUAACUCGAUUCCUAGUGGCGCCAUAUUAUUACAAAAUUCUAGUAUUAAUAAUCACAAUGAAUCUUGCAACGAAAAUAAUUGCGAAAAUAAUCCCGUGACAACUGUUGCUACCAAUAGCAGUGGUAAUCAGUCGGAAUUAAAUUUACUCAGAAGAAGGGUCAAGGCUAUUUAUAGGAGCUUUUUGAGAUCAUCUGCCCCAGGUAUCGACAAAGACCUUUUACCCAUAACCUCUGAUUGUCGAAAACAUAUCAGAGACAAAAUCAAUCGCCACUUCUACGUCAGCAAUAACGGUACCAAUAACCAAAAUUCUUCUAAAAUCAAUAAUAGCCUAGGUGAUCAUAAUCAGCCUCCCAUUAACCCCCAAAAUAACCUAUCGAGAAGUUAUAGCCCGAUCAUAGCAGAUGAUGUAUUCGACGAAGCUUUGGAUCAAGUCGAAUCACACAUUGCUCGAACUUCCUACCUUGCUUUUCUAAAAAGCGAUCACUACCUCUCCAAACUGAGGGGCGAGGAGGAAAAUAGCGAGAAUUCCCAACAUCAUCAUCAAUAUCAAUUCCAAUCGAUUGGAGAUUUUGCUACGGCCAAUCAAAAUCAGUUAUCAUCGAUAUGCAGUGAUCACAAAAUUACCGAUACAUCUUGCUGUGCCAAUUAUCAAUUGCCCACUUUGCACGAGGAUUCGGAACUCGAUUUACCGCCCACUUUUUUCAAAAGUCAUCCGCAAAAUACUGAAUCCUCUACCAAGCAUCAGACAAUAUCGAACAGAGGUUAUUCAAUCGCAAAUCCAAACGAAAAUUUCAUAAGUACGCGUUCCAAAACCCAUUACAACCCGUCUUAUUCCACGAACGUGGUUCCCUCGGCUUACAUGCCUGAUAGUGGUUCUGACUUUUUGAGUACAAGCGAAACAUCUGGUUCAGAAAUAUCCUUUGCUCGGCUAAAUAGAAACACCAAUACUACUAAUAAUAAAAAAAAUUGCGAAAGUUUAGAAAACGAAUCAAGGAAAAAUAACUCCUGUAUUAAUCACGACGAUUAUAGAAGCAAUUCAAACAAAUCAGGAAUUCCCAAACCUUCUUCCAACCUUAAAAACAAAUGUUGUGACUUCAAAAAUGAGUCAAUUGAACAUCACACGAAUUGUAACAAUUUACAAACGAGUAAUUCUAAACAUACGCAUUCUCAUAAAGCUAGCACUGGGUCAGCCAAUUUCUCCGACAGGGCUAUCAAAGAAAUGGCUCUCAAAAACUCCUUAGACCCUGAUCCCUUGACUUUUAUACCAAAAAUGACCCAACCUGCCAACACCAUGCCUCCAUCAGACCCCAAAGUUUUUGCUGCCCUGCUCACUUCCAAGCUGAAUUUUCUCAUCAAAGACAGCGAGAAGACUUGCAAACUAGAACGUUCCCUCAAACGGCUACAACUCUGUCCUAGCACGGAGGUUCACACUAUAGGAACAGUCCCAGCUGAGUUUUGCAGAAUCGCUGAGGAUCCUAAUAACAAGACAGACGAAACAAGCCAAUCUAUAUUGGAUGACCACGUAUCAAGGGUAUGGAAGGACGAUAAUUCACCACCCCUCUCUCAUAAGGCCAUUAACAACAAAAUUAAAAAUUGGCUUUCUCACACUCAUCAAUAUACCUCAAAUGACACGGAUAUCCCAAUAAAUAAUCAAUAUUUGUCUCCUUUAAUAAACGCAAAUGCAUCGACUAAUGCCACGAACAAUGCCCUCAAUAUUGCCAAUGUUAAAUCGUGUGCACAAAAUGCCUCCCAACAAGUUAAUAUAAUGUCGACACCUCAACAAAAUCGUCCCGUGGUUUAUAACCUUCAGAAAUCCAUCCUCUUAAAUACUAGCUAUAAUAAUGCCCCUUUGCAAAAUUCUCUCAACUCUAGCUUAAAUUCCGGCAAUUUAAAUAAGUCCAAUAAUUUAAUAUCGAGGUUAAAUAAUAACAAUUUCCUCAAGAGAAGUAGUAGCACUAGCAGUGGUAUAAGUAGCUUAAUGGGAGGCAACAAUUCAGCAUGUUCCUUUAAUUAUCCUUUACCAGGAAAGAUUUCAUCUCGAAAUAAUAACCAAUCGGUUACAAAUACCAACAACGAUAAAUCCCAUAUUUAUUCUGAGGGAGAUGGUAGCGAUUUUGCCAUGCCACUCAAUGCUUAUCACAAUCGAAACUCGUAUCUUCUUAAAAUGAACAGUAGUGAUAUGUGCCAUAAUCCUAAUACUAUGACCGAUUCAAACGGUUCGAAUAAUAACAUUGCGAAUAGCAAAAAUUAUAUUUUAAGAAACGAUCACAAUCUGAGCGAUUGUUACUACGAAUCUAGCUCUGCAUUUGCUUCAGAGAUGGAAGAGGAGAAUUCGGUUGUUGCCUACAAUAAUAACCAGAAAAUCUCAAAUAGCAAUCAAAACCUUAUAAACAAUUAUGAUAAUCUAAAAGAAACUAACAGCAAAAAAACAGUGAUAGGCUAUUACUUUUGUAACGAGCCAGUUCCUUAUAGGACCAAAAUAUCUGGUGCGGAUGUAACCUUAAAGCAAUUCAAAGCUCUUCUCAGCAAAAAGGGGAAUUAUAGAUACUAUUUCAAGAAAUCUAGUGACGAAUUUCACACUGGUGUCAUAAACGAAGAAAUAUCAGACGAAGAACAAAUUUUACCAUUAUGGGAAGGCAAGAUUUUUGCUAAAGUUGAAUCACUCGAAUGAUUUUCUAACCAUCAUGAUGAGGAUUGCGAUGAAUCACUCGAAUGAUUUUCUAACCAUCAUGAUGAGGAUUGCGAAAAUUAGAAGAGAUAAUUUUCAAGCCUCGUGAUAGAAAAAUUAAGGAAUUUUUAAAGAAAUAUUACCAAAUAAAUUACAUUACCUUAACCUUAUAAAAUAUUUGAAAAAACUCAGUUAUUUUUUUUUGAAUUUUAAUAAAUUAUAAUCUUUUUUAUGUAUCUUAAUGAAAAAAAAAUUACGACAGUCAAAAUUUUUUUGUAUUUUUUAUAUCAUCAACAUGACACUAGAAUCCUAACAAACAGUUUUACAAAUUACGAUAUAAAAGAAUACUUUAUAAAUUUGUAAUUAUUGUAACUUAUAUUUUUUAUAAUGCAAAUUUUUUCAUAAAUUACAACAUUUUGUAAAAUAGUGAUAUCGGUGUUUAAAUUUUUGAUUCUCAAACACCUGUAUAUUAUUUUUUAAAUUUUAUAAAAAAAUAUAUGGUAAUUCUUAUAACAGACACUUAAUUGUGUUAUAAAACUAUUGUUUAAUGUGAACAAACAAUUAUUGAUAAAAAAAUUCCACCGCAUUACAUAAACAUACUAUAUAUUAUUUAAAAUAAAAUGAACCACACACUACACACACAUUUUUUAUAUUAUAUUUAUACACUAUAAUAUGUAUAUUAAUUUAUUUGAGUUGCCAAAUGAAACUCUUCAUUACUUUAUUUUAUCAAUCUUUUAUAUAAAUAAAUAUGAUGAUAAUAUUCCGAAUAAUAAAUUUUAUUUAAGAAAAA